UGCCCUCAGUAUCGUUGCUAUUUAACUACUAAUAAAAAUUUAUACAACAAAUCCGAUGCCGUCGUCUUUCAUGACCGUGAUUUAGCCAUAAAUUUAAUAACGAUGCCCAAUGCCAGUGAUCGUCGUCCACAACAACUUUGGGUUUAUUAUAAUAUUGAAUCGCCGCAGUUUACUACCUACUUUUAUAAACAUCCAAAACAGAUCCAACAAAUCAAUUUCAACUGGUCCAUGACUUAUAGGAAGAACAGUGAUAUCGAUGCUCGCUAUGGAUACGUUAUUCCUCGCAUUAAAUCAACAUUAUCAUGGAUUCAUCUAUGGUCAAUUGAUUAUCAUGGCCGUAAAAAGCAUUUAGUAGCAUGGAUGGUUAGCAAUUGCUUAAGCGAACGUUUAAAAUAUGUCAAGGCAUUAGCAAAACAUAUCCCAGUGAAUAUUUAUGGUCGGUGCGGUCAUCAUCGAUGUCAGCAUCCACGCAAUGAUGAUUGCUGGAAAUAUGAAAUGAUACAAUAUAAAUUCUAUUUAGCAUUUGAAAAUUCCAUAUGUACGGAUUAUAUUACUGAAAAAUUUUGGUAUCCAUUGCGCUAUGGGAUUAUUCCAGUUGUCUUAGGUGGCGGAAAUUAUAAAGAAAUUGCUCCACCUCAUUCCUAUAUUGAUGCUAGACAAUUUCCAUCGCUAAAAGCUUUAGCAAACUAUAUGCACAAAGUAGCGCAUAAUAAAUCAUUGUAUAACUCUUAUUUGCGAUGGCGAGAUGAUUGGGAAGUGGUUAUUCCUCGCCAUUGGUGUAAUUUAUGUGCUGCUUUACAUCGGCGUAAUUCAUCAUUACAUUAU